AUGACUUCCAAAGUGUCCAGAACCCCCGACUACCGGAGGCGAAAGAAUCGGACAACGGCAUUCACACCCAUAGACACUGCAAAUAAGGGCAGCAUGCUUUCACGCACCGCUUCAGUUCCGGCGAUUGCGCUGGAUACCCCCGUGGAAGGUAUAGUAAGCAAAACGACUAGUCAGAAGCCAUCCUUAUCACGAGCAACAAGGUCAAAAGUUUCUGUGGUAGCUGCGCAGAGCAAUGUACCCCGGCGGCGAUCCUCUCUGUCGACGGCCUUGUUGGCCAAACAACUAUCCC